CAUAAUCAGAUCACGGGAAAAAAUCUGAUAUCCUGAAGAAUCUGGCAACCCAAUACUAAGCUGUAUUUACUGUGUUUUGAGCUAUAAAAUCUCUGCUUGUGAAUUUGGUCUGGAGCAGAGUGUGAGAAAAAUGGAAGAGCAGAUGAAAGCCACAGAGGUUUCUGUGCAGAAACCUCUUAAGCAUUGGCACAAUGUUGCUCUCCUUAGCCACUUCAAUUGCUUUGCUGUGUCACAAACAAGAAACAAUGCAAAGGAUGGUGCUGAUAUUGAAGUUGGAUCCUCCAAGAAGAAAACAAGAGGAGGAUGGAGAACCAUGCCCUACAUAAUAGGAAAUGAGAGCUGUGAGAAGCUAGCUUUGACGGGUUUGUCGGCUAACAUGAUUGUCUACCUAACAACGAAAUACAAUAUGCAGAAAGUUGCAGCAACGAAUGUACUUAAUAUCUGGUCUGGAACAACAAGCCUUGCAACCUUGCCCGGAGCUUUUGUGGCGGAUUCCUAUCUUGGCAAAUUUCGAACCAUAGUCAUUGGUUGUGUUUCAUAUUUAGUGGGAUUGUCUCUUCUGACUCUCACAGCAGUCAUCCCUCAGUUCAGACCAACUCAUUGCAGUGCCACCCAGAAAAAAUUGAGAAAAUGUGAGAGAGCAUCCAAAACACAAUGGGCUCUUCUUGUGUUGGUUUUCUUAUUCAAAUGUAUUGGGUCUGCAGGGAUAAAACCCUGUUCCAUGGCAUUUGGAGCAGAUCAGUUCCAACAGGAAGGAGAAGUAAAAGAUAAAGAAGAAAAAUCCAAGGAGAAGAAAAGAAUAGAGAGUUUCUUUAAUUGGUAUUACUUUUCAAGUUGUUUUGCUCUCGUUGUAGCCCUCACUGUUAUUAUUUAUAUUCAGAGCAAUGUGAGCUGGAGUUUGGGGUUUGGCAUCUGUACUCUGCUCAUGCUAAUAUCCACGGUUAUCUUCCUUGUUGGAGCUCCCAUUUUCCUCCAUGACAUUCCACAAGGUAGUCCGUUCACUGGAUUUGCACAGGUGAUAGUGGCAUCAAUCAGGAAGUGGAAUUUAUCCCUGCCUUGUGAUUCUGCAAAGCUUUAUCAUUGCCAAGGCAGCUCCAAGCCUCCUCUCACAGACAGAUUCAGGUUUCUGGACAAGGCGGCCAUAAUAACAGAAAAAGACAUCCAAAGCGACGGAUCAGUGGGCAACCGAUGGAGACUCUCUUCGACGGCCCAAAUCGAAGCCCUAAAAUCCAUAAUUGCAACUCUCCCCAUCUUCUCCUGCGGUAUCGCGACCUCAAUAACGAAGGCACAGCAGCACACAUUUUCAGUACUACAAGCCCUAACCAUGAACAGAAAGCUAGGGUCAACCAAUUUCGAGAUUCCAGCAGGAUCCUUCUCAGUCUUCUCUCUACUAGUCCUCAUAACGUGGCUCCCAUUGUACGACCGACUCAUCGUUCCAGCCACCCGCCGGAUGACAAAAAAUGGGCGAGGAAUCACAGUAUUUCAGAGAAUGGGCAUCGGCCUUGCAAUUUCCGCAAUCUCAAUGCUGGUUGCGGGUUUUGUCGAAAUAAAGAGACGAAACGCAGCGCGAAGUCACGGCCUGGCGGACGAUCCCUCGGCCGUGGUUCCUAUUUCGGCCUUCUGGCUCGUUCCACAGUUCUGUAUUGCGGGUCUGGGAGAGGCAUUUCAUACAGUGGGUCACCUGGAGUUUUUCUAUGACCAAUUUCCGCCCACCAUGCGCAGCACAGCCAUUGCUCUGUCUUCCUGCACUUCUGCAAUAGGGCAUUACUUGAGCACCAUUGUUGUUACAGUUGUUCAUAACACCACGGGCGGCAAUGGAAAACCAGAUUGGCUUGAUGACAAUCUCAAUCGUGGUUACCUUUUCUAUUUCUACUGGCUUUUGUCUGCCAUUGAAGCCCUCAACUUGGUAUAUUUCAUCUUCUGUGCUUAUAUGUAUAAGUACACAGUAGAACCUGUCCAAGAUCCAGCUUUUGAAUCGGGCGUCCAAGAGAUGGAAUGUAAGCAAAUACAGGAGAAUUAGCCCAGCUGUGUAAUGGCUUCUGUAACUUCGGGCUUAUUUGGAGGUGGGCUAAAAGAAUGCCUUUUCCGCCUCUGUAUCCUCUGCAUGUAAAAUUCAGCAUGUAGGUAGUCUUUUAAGCUCUGAUCUGUAGGUGGAUAGUGAAUGUCUGUAGUACUGUUGGGUUUUGUAACAAGUUAUUAUUAUAUUCCUUUUAUGAUUAAAUAUCAUAUUGAAUUUAAAAA